AUCGAUACUCACCGCACAUCGCAAAAAAAUAACGAAAACUUAUAUUCGUUCGCGGUUGCCGUCUAUUAAUUAGUGUAUUAAAAAUACAUUUUCACCGCUUCUGGGCGGCCCCAACAUUUACUAAUUAGUGGAAUUGCUUUUUAUUAACCGCAACCAUCGAAGUUAAUUUUCGACAUAUGUAUUUAUCCGGCUAGGAGUGAGAAUUAGCAAGCCAUGGCGUUUUUUAACCGACGCAUGUCAAUGCUAUUAAAUAUAAUCCUUUCAUAUACUUUUCUCUGCACAAUAUGUGUGCGGGGAUCGGUGAAACAAGAAUGGGCAGAGAUAGGAAGAAACUUAUCUUUAGAGUGCGGGUCUGAGAAAGAUGUUGUUAUUUGGAAAUUUGGAAACCAAACUAUUGAUAAAAACAACACAAGGUUUCACAUCAGAACCGAAUCUUUAAAACAAAACGACGGUAGCGACAACGAAAAUGAAGAAGUAAUCAAGUAUAGGAACGUACUGACUCUUCGUAAUGUGGAAAUAAAAGACUCUGGAAACUAUUCAUGCACCACGGAUGCAGAAAAAAACAUUUCGACUGAUUUUAGUGUACAAUCCUACCUACCAUCCAAGGUCUUGCAAAGCACCGCCGACAGGAUCAAGAGGAAAACCGGCCAGCCUGGGCUUUUGUAUUGUUUUAUUGAAGUGUAUCCCCAAAAUGAGACGACGCAGAAGAACCUCAAGUGGCUGAAAGAUGGAAACCCCUUUGACUUCCUGGAUACCUUCUCCUCCAUCACCAAGCUGAACGAGACGCAUUUAAACUUUACCUUGGAGUUCACAGAAGUGUACAAGAAGGAGAACGGCACCUACAAGUGCACAGUAUCCAAUAACGAUGGCCUUGAGGUGGCCGCCAAGGAGAUUACACUUUAUGUGAUGGAAGAGCCACAAGUUAGCAUUGAUUUCGCCAAGGCAGUGGGUGCCAAUAAAAUAUACAUCAACUGGACAGUAAAUGAUGGCAACGACCCGGUUCAGAAGUUUUUUGUGAGCCACAAGGAGCCAAGUGACACGACCUUUACCUACUAUAAGCAGGCCAUCAACGGCAACCAUACAUCGUAUAUUUUGGAAAACUUUAAGCCAAACACCACCUAUAUUUUGAAAAUCGCAGCCAAGAACUCGAUCGGCGAUGGAACACCCACCCAGUACCCCUUCAAUGUGACAACCUUAAGUUUUGAUCCCAUUUUUAUACCCAAAGUUGAGUCCACCGGCAGCACUGCAUCAACGAUAACGAUCGGCUGGGAUCCACCGCCGAGUGAUAUUAUACAAUAUGUCCAGUACUAUGAACUGAUUGUCUCCGAGUCCGGCGAAGUGCCAAAGGUGAUUGAAGAGGCCAUUUACCAGCAGAACUCCCGCAACUUGCCAUACAUGUUCGAUAAGCUAAAAACAGCCACAGACUACGAAUUUAGGGUGAGGGCCUGCAGUGAUCUGACAAAGACAUGCGGACCAUGGUCGGAGAUCGUGAACGGUACCACAAUGGAUGGUGUUGCUACCAAGCCCACCAACCUCUCCGUCAACUGCCACCACGACAAUGUUACGCGCAGCAAUUCUAUUUCCAUCAGCUGGGACGUUCCGAAGACUCCAAACGGGAAGGUGGUCUCCUACAUGAUUAACCUGCAGGGCAAAUCGAUGAGCCUCGUGGAUUUGGACAUGUGGGGUCCCAAAAUUCGGAGAAUCGACGAGCCCCACCACAAGACCCUGUACGAAAACGUCAGCCCCAAUACCAACUACUCGGUUACAGUCUCGGCCAUAACCCGCCACAAGAAAAAUGGAGAGCCAGCAGGAGGAAAUUGUCUGAUGCCCGUCUCCACGCCGGACAACAUUGGCAGAACGAUGUGGACAAAAGUUAACCUGGGCUCCAAAUAUGUCUUCAAGCUGUAUCUGCCCAGAAUCAGUGAGAGGAACGGUCCCAUAUGCUGCUACCGGCUCUAUCUAGUUAAGAUCAAUAAUGCCGACAAGGAGUUGCCGGAGCCGGACAAACUGAAUGUCGUCACAUAUCAGCAGAUUCAGAGCGAUAAUGUCACCAGGAGCAGUGCCUAUAUUGCCGAAAUGUUAAGUGGCAAGCACUUUAGGCCAGAAAUAUUUUUGGGCGACGAAAUAAGGUUUUCGGAGAACAAUGACAUUGUCAAGGAGAACGACGAAAUUUGUCGAAGGUGUUUGGAGGGCACUCCGUUCCUCAGAAAACCCGAGAUACAACGACCUCCCUUGAGUUCGCUUUCAAACUCUGAAGCCGAUCUUCACUUGGCGGAGAAGGACAACUUGAUCAAGGGAGCCAAUUUAACCGAGCAUGCUCUCAAGAUCUUGGAGAACAAGCCGCGGGCCAGAAGAAGUGCCGUAACCACCGAUGAGAAUCAAAUUCUUGCCGGUAAAGUCAAUGUGCCAUCACACGAUACUAGUCGCGAAGUUUGGGAUGGGGAGAUAGACAUAAAUUCAAACUACACGGGAUUUCUUGAGAUAAUAGUUCGGGAUAGAAACAAUGUGCUUAUGGCAUACAGCAAAUAUUUUGAUGUGAUGACUCCCGCAACAGAAGCUGAACCAAUCCACUCGAUGAAUAAUAUGGACACAUACCUAAGCAUUGGGAUCAAGGCAGGACCUAUAAUUUGUUGUGUCCUAGUCCUGCUUAUUGUGCUGUGGGUUUUCCAUCACAAGAAAUCAAAAAAUGCAUUACAAGGAGAAGAUACCUUAACCUUAAGAGACUCUUUAAGGGCCUUAUUCGGGCGCAGCAACCACAACCACAGCCAUUUUAUUACAUCUGGAAACCACAAGGGCUUCGAUUCUGGACCCAUUCAUCGAUCUGAUCUGGAAAACGCAUAUAAAAACCGCCACAAGGACACCGACUACGGAUUCCUUCGGGAGUACGAACUGCUGCCAAAUCGCUUUAGCGAUCGUACAACUAAGAAUAGUGAUUUAAAAGAAAACGCCUGCAAGAACAGGUACCCCGACAUUAAGGCCUACGAUCAGACGCGAGUCAAGCUGGCUCCUAUUAAUGGACUACAAACCACUGACUACAUAAAUGCCAACUUUGUUAUUGGAUACAAGGAGAGAAAGAAGUUUAUUUGCGCCCAGGGACCCAUGGAGAGCACCAUCGAUGACUUUUGGCGAAUGAUUUGGGAACAACAUCUGGAAAUUAUUGUGAUGCUUACCAAUUUGGAGGAAUAUAACAAGGCCAAGUGUGCUAAAUACUGGCCGGAAAAAGUAUUUGAUACCAAGCAGUUUGGAGAUAUUUUAGUAAAAUUUGCACAUGAGCGAAAGACUGGAGACUAUAUUGAGAGGACACUUAACGUUUCAAAGAACAAGGCCAAUGUGGGCGAGGAGGAGGAUCGAAGACAAAUCACCCAAUACCACUAUUUAACGUGGAAAGACUUUAUGGCACCGGAGCAUCCACAUGGAAUCAUUAAGUUCAUACGUCAAAUUAAUUCCGUCUACUCCCUGCAAAGGGGCCCAAUCUUAGUCCAUUGUAGUGCCGGUGUCGGUAGAACUGGAACCCUAGUUGCUUUAGAUUCCCUCAUCCAACAAUUGGAGGAAGAAGACUCGGUGUCGAUAUAUAACACCGUGUGUGAUUUACGACAUCAACGCAAUUUUUUAGUUCAAUCCUUGAAACAAUACAUCUUCCUUUAUCGCGCUCUUCUGGACACUGGAACUUUUGGAAAUACGGAUAUUAAUAUUAGCAACAUGACAUCAGCGAUUGAAUCACUAAAGCGCAAACCCAAUGAGCCCAAUGGAAAAUGCAAAUUGGAACUGGAAUUCGAGAAACUGCUGGCUACGGCGGAUGAGAUUAGCAAAUCGUGUUGUGUGGGCGAGAACGAGGAGAAUGCCAUGAAGAACAGAAGCCAGGAGGUCAUUCCCUACGAUCGUAAUAGAGUAAUACUGACUCCACUUCCAAUGCGGGAUAAUUCUACGUAUAUCAAUGCAUCGUUCAUAGAUGGCUAUGACAAUAGCGAAACCUUUAUCAUUGCCCAGGAUCCACUUGAGAACACUAUUGGGGAUUUCUGGAGAAUGAUUUCUGAACAGAGUGUUUCCACGCUGAUUAUGAUAUCUGAAAUUGGAGAUGGCCCCAGAAAGUGUCCGAGAUAUUGGGCAGACGAUGAGGUUCAAUACGACCAUAUUCUUGUGAAAUAUGUGCACAGCGAAAGUUGUCCCUAUUAUACUCGUCGCGAAUUCUACGUCACGAAUUGCAAAAUAGAUGAUACGCUGAAAGUCACACAGUUUCAGUACAAUGGUUGGCCGACAGUGGACGGAGAAGUUCCUGAAGUCUGUCGGGGCAUUAUUGAACUUGUAGAUCAAGCCUACAAUCACUACAAAAGCCAUAAAAAUUCGGGUUGCCGUUCUCCACUCGCAGUUCAUUGCAGCCUGGGAACUGACCGAAGUUCUAUAUUCGUCGCCAUGUGCAUUUUAGUCCAGCAUCUUAGAUUGGAAAAGUGUGUCGACAUUUGUGCCACUACAAGGAAAUUACGAUCUCAGCGAACGGGACUUAUUAACUCAUACGCACAAUACGAGUUCCUACAUCGCGCAAUAAUUAAUUAUUCAGAUUUACACCAUAUAGCCGAGUCAACAUUGGAUUAAGUUAGAUAUGUACAUAAUGCACGUGUUGAAACAUCAAUGCAUAAUGUGCUACGAUAAAUUAUUUGUAUAUUUAUAAAAUCUUUUAAUAAAGUAUUUACAAGGGCAAACUUAAUUUUUUUAACGAAUUAGAUUUGCCCGAAACAAGCAUAAUUUACAUACAAAUAUAAAUGUAGUGUAUACGUAUCGUAUGGAUAAAACUACCAAAGGAAAAUAAGUAACAUAUUUUAUAAGCCAUAAUGUAAUAAAAACUGAGACUAAGAAUUGUAUCUAUCAUAA